CGGGACCUUUCUAAAUCGGCGUUCUCGAUUUGCUGUCUCCCUGGUGGUUCGUGACCUGGAAGCAAUCUGGGUAAAAUGGCGGCGCCCAGAGUCCAGACCAAGUGGGUCCGGAGCCCGCGGCUUGCUGCAUGAGACAAUUGAAGCCCAGAGAGGAUAAGGCCCUGUCCCGAAGUCACACCGCAAGUUGGGAGCUAGGCCGGAAUUCGAACCCGCGUCAGUCCGUUUCUCCCAAGGAACCCAGAAUCCUGACAGCCAGCCUCAGAGCUGCUGUGCCUCUCCAGGCCCCACGAGGCCUGCACUGCAGCGCUGCCGCCACCGCAGCCGGUAGCUCCGACUCGUGGCUGGCCCCGCCCCCACCGGAGCCCCAGAAGGAACCCACGAAGGCCCUGGCCUUCCACGAGGAGCUGUUCCAGCGGGCACCGGAAGGGACGCGCGACAAGGCAGACUUCGUGCGCGCCGUGCAGAACUUCGGGCAGCAUAAUGUGCACAAGCGGGGUCACGUGGACUUCAUCUACCUGGCCCUGCGCAAGAUGCGGGAGUUCGGCGUCGAGCGGGACCUGGCUGUCUACAACCUGCUGCUCGACGUCUUUCCCAAGGAGGUCUUCCGGCCUCGCAGCAUCUUCCAGAAGAUGUUCAUCCACUACCCCCGGCAGCAGGAGUGUGGGGUGGCCGUCCUGGAACAGAUGGAAAACCACGGCGUGAUGCCCAACAAGGAGACCGAGUUCCUAUUGCUUCAGAUAUUUGGACGUAAAAGUUACCCCAUGCUCAAGUUUGUGCGCAUGAAGCUGUGGUUCUCCCGCUUCAAGAAUAUCAACCCCUUCCCUGUGCCCCGGGACCUGCCCCAGGACCCGGUGGACCUGGCCAAGUUGGGCCUGCGGCACAUGGAGCCCAACCUCAACGCCACCGUCACCAUUUAUCAGAUGCCUUCUUCCACAGACACCACAGGUGCAGCAGAUCCCGCCGAGCCCCACAUUGUAGGAAUCCAGACUCCUGAUCAGCAGGCUGCCUUGGCCCACCACAACCCAGCGCGGCCGGUCUUCGUCGAGGGCCCCUUUUCCCUGUGGCUCCGAAACAAAUGUGUCUAUUAUCACAUCCUCAGAGCUGACUUGCUGCCCCCUGAGGAGAGGGAAGUAGAAGAAAUUCCAGAGGAGUGGAAUCUCUACUACCCGAUGCAGCUGCACCUGGACUACGGGAGGAGCGGCUGGGAUGACUACGAGUUUGACAUCGAUAAAGUGGAGGAAGGCCCUGUCUUCGCCAUAUGCAUGGCGGGUGCCCACGAUCAAGCUACACUGGCCAAGUGGAUCCAGGGCUUGCAGGAGACCAACCCAGCCCUGGCCCAGAUCCCCGUGGUCUUCCGCCUGGCAGGGUCCACCGGGGAGCUCCUGGCGCCCUCCUCAGGGCUGGAGGAGCCGUCCCCGCCCCCACCAGAGGUACAGGAAGAAGAGGAAGACGAUCAGCAGCGACAGCAUCAGGGCCAGAGCUGAACUUGAGCAGUCACCGAACAAGCUGUGGACUGGUGUGACAGCGUGAGAUGCCUUUUGAGUGUACAGCAAAUAAAAGUUUUCCGUCCUGGG